GACCUCUCAAAACCCUAAGCCAGAAUGCAGAUUGCGCUCACCGGGCGUAGUUUUGUACUGUUCGUGAAGGCCAGAGCUCUGGUACCCAAGCUCCAACCCCCGCAUACGUCAUCAUUAUUGAUCUGCAUCCAUUAAUCGACUAGCUAGCAAAGAAGCAAAGCAGCAAAUAAGUGACACAGCAUUUAUAUAUUUAAUUUAAAUCAAUUCAUUUUUAAAAGAGAGAGAUUUCAAGAACACACACACACAGACAGAGAACAAGAACUCCUUAAAGCAGAGGAAAGCAAGCAAGCAAAACAAUCAAAAUGACGGAAGCUACGCAUACGAAAUUGAUGGAUACGGAGAGGGGAGGGGAGAACACACCAUACGAAUCCCAAAAUAUAUUCACGCAGUCGCCUGCGAAAGAUCAGGGGACCUUUGGAGGCUCGACAGGACCCAGCGAAGCUACUCUCCAAAAAGCCGCAGAACACAAAGCGCGCGGCGAGCAGACGGCGGAGAAUAUCAGGUAUGGAGAGGCGAUUAGUGAGCAUGGGUUUGGAGGGGAGACGGCGGGGUAUAGUAUGGGAGUAGGGGGUGGGGAAAAGAAGGAGGAGACGGAGGAGACGAGGAGAAAGAUGGGCUAUGGAGGGGGGAACGAGAUUGGUGGUUGACAUGGAGAGAAUGGUGUGAAGGGGAGGGUGUUUACUAGAACUAUGGGGCUUUCGUUUAGAGUUUUAUGGUGUUUGGUUGAAAGUAGAUGAGAAUGGAAAUGAAUGA